GGAGGCGGCGCCUUUCCCCCCACUCCACUCCACCCCGCCUCGGCCGCUGCUGGCCCCGGCUGCGCCGUCCGGCCCUGGCUGGGCGAGCGGGGGGACGACCAUGAGCGCCUUGCGGGAUGUCUCGCUGCAGGACCCGCGGCUGCGCUACGAGCUCAUCCAGCGCAUCGGCUCGGGCACUUACGGCGACGUUUACAAGGGGCGAGAUACAGAAACAGGAGAACUGGCCGCCAUUAAAAUUGUGAAAAUCGACCCAGGAGAUGACAUCGGAUCCAUUCAGCAAGAAAUCACUACGCUCAGGGAUUGUCGCCAUCACAAUGUUGUGAUGUAUUUUGGAAGCUACCUCAGGAAUGAUCGGCUGUGGAUUUGCAUGGAAUACUGUGGAGGAGGGUCCUUGCAGGAGAUUUAUCACAGUACAGGGCCUCUAUCCGAAAAACAGAUUGCCUAUGUCUGCAGAGAAACCCUCCAGGGACUUCACCACUUGCACACCAAAGGGAAAAUGCACCGAGAUAUUAAGGGGGCCAACAUCCUGCUGACGACCACCGGCGACGUCAAAUUGGCUGACUUUGGGGUCUCGGCAGAAUUGACCGCUUCGGUGGCCAAGCGAAAAUCGUUCAUCGGAACGCCCUAUUGGAUGGCACCAGAGGUGGCCGCGGUGGAGAAGAAAGGCGGAUACAACCACCUGUGCGAUAUCUGGGCCCUGGGCAUCACCGCCAUUGAACUGGCCGAGCUGCAGCCACCACUCUUUGACCUGCAUCCCAUGAGGGCUCUGAUGUUGAUGUCGAAGAGCAACUUCCAGCCCCCCAAGCUAAAAGAUAAGGCGUGUUGGUCUCCUGAUUUCCACCACUUCCUCAAACUCUCCUUGACCAAAAACCCAAGAAAACGACCAGUGGCAGAAAAACUCUUACAGCAUCCUUUCGUCUGCCAGCCUUUGGCCCGCGUUCUUGCCGUAGAAUUACUGGAUAAAGCCACAAACCCUGAAUUGGACGCCACUGCCUUGGACGAUGGGGAUUUCGAGGCUUAUGAUGUUUUCCCCGAUAAAAUCUGUUCGAGUAAGCCACGUGGGCCAUCAGAAGGCACCCUCUCUGAGAUCCAGCUUAACCAGGUUAAAUUCGGCCCUCCGUUACGAAAAGAAACGGAGCCAUGGGGCAACCCACAGACCGAAGAAGAGGAAGAGAAUUGGAUGGUUCUUGGAGAUGGAGAGAGCCUGCUUCAGUCCGUCGAAGAGGCCUUAGAAGAGAGGAGUCUAACCAUCCGCCCAGCGCAUCCCACAGAGCAGACCCAGGAAGAGCAGCGGACGGGGGGACUUGGGGAGGAAUUGUCCAGCACUAUCAAAAGAGGACCCUUUUGGGAUUUUCUCAACAUGGAGCUCACGUAUAAGGCUCCCUGGGAGCAGGAUGGGGAGCGCUCGGAUCUGGAAGGGCCCAGGAGCCACACCGCCCCAGGCAGCACAGCCUUCAGUGAAACGCCAGACCUUCCUGUGGUGGAUUCUCCCAAGCCUGCGGACUGCCUCCUAUCCACUGAGUGGGCCACCAUGAAGAAGAAGGAAGAAGCCACCAGGCUGCUGUGUCAUGGAUUACCCCCUACGCCCAAAGUUCAUAUGGGAGCUUGCUUUUCCAAAGUUUUCAACGGCUGCCCGCUGAAGAUCAACUCAGCUACAACGUGGAUCCAUCCAGAAACACGAGAUCUGUAUCUGGUGGUGGGAGCAGAGGAAGGUAUAUACACCUUGAAUCUUCACGAGCUCCACGAAGACACGAUGGAGAAGCUCCUUCCCCACCGAUGCUCUUGGCUCUAUUGUAUUAACAACACCCUCCUGACUUUGGCAGGGAAGUCCCCCCAGAUCUCUUCACACAACCUCCUGGGUCUCUUCGAACAACGCCGUCAGCUUCAGAAGCGGCCGGUUCCUCUUUCCAUUGCCACCAACCGACUGACGGAGAGAAUCAUCCCCAGGAAGUUCGCUCUGUCAGCCAAGAUAGCAGAUACCAAAGGGUGCCUUAAAUGUCAAGUUGUCCGAAAUCCUUACUCAGGAAACACCUUUCUGUGUGCCGCCCUGCCCUCCAGCCUGGCUCUCCUACAGUGGUACGAACCCCUGCAGAAAUUUAUGCUACUGAAGCACGUCCCCGUGCUGCUCCCCGAUCCCCUCUCCCUGUUUGAGCUGCUGGUCGUGGAGGCGGAGGAGUACCCUCAAGUCUGCUUCGGCGUCACCGGCAGCGAUCAGCCGGGAGCCGAGCUGCAUUUCAGCGUCCUCUCGCUCAGUACCGGCCACACCACCUCCAGCCCUUCCAAACGUCCUCUCGUCCUGGCCAGCCACGUCACUCAGAUGGACCGAGAUACCGUCCUUGUUUGUUUUGAACGCUGCGUCCGGGUCGUGAAUCUGCGCGGGACACCGCAAGGAGUGUUUGCACCUGAGCUUGUUUUCAAUUUCCCCAUCGAAACCAUUGUGUGCCUUCAAGACAGUGUCUUGGCUUUCUGGAAACAUGGCAUGCAAGGCCGAAGCCUGGAAUCUAGUGAGGUGACCCAGGAGGUCACAGACGAAUCCAGGGUGUUCCGAGUCUUGGGUGGUCACAGGGACAUCAUUCUUGAGAGCACCCCAACCGACAAUCCCACGGCGCACAGCAACCUCUACAUCCUGACGGGUCACGAGAGCAGCUACUGACUUUCCUCCACUCCCAGGCCCUGCGCAGGCAAUGUGGAGCCUUCCUGAGCCGACGGCGGCAACAUGCCGGAAUAGGAGAUGCUCUGGGUGGGCGUUGACAGAGGACAGCUCAGAUGGUCCUGGAUCCUGGACCGACUGCUGGUUGGGCACCAGAGAUGGUCUUGGCGCCUGGCUGGCCUUGCUCCCCAUAUUCGGGGCCAAUGUUUCUUGAGUUAAUUCUGCAAUAAUUCAACCGCUUGGCAGUUCGGGAGAAACUCGCACCAGGAUCCCGGCUGACACCUUGUGCCUGCUUCGAUGCUUCUUGCGUCCCCCGCCCCACCUCUUCCUCUUCUUUUAAAAUGUCUAGAUGGUGUGUGGGUGCCACGUCUUGGCACUGCCGACAGAGUGAAGACAAUCGUUUGCCACGGGUAUAAGAAGGCACCUUCCUUCCUAAGCUUCAGCUUUUACGUCUUCAGGGCACAUUGAAGUUCUGGGCUGUUAUUCCAGAAUAAGGGGCAAGGGAUAAAUGUUUAUUUUGGGGGGGGCAGCCAGCUGGAGAAAUUUAGGGCCCCACCCAGGACGAACGAAACCGGGUGACUGUUAAUGGAAUGGAUGUGAUAGUCGGGGGUGAAAUCAACUUACCUUUGGUCCAGUAGCAGUGUAAGUACUUGCUCGCUUGCGCCACCUCUGCAGAUGUGCGGGACCUCCCACACAUGCGCAGAGCAUCACAAACGGACAUAAUGAUGUCUGAGAGAAUGGGCAGAGCCUGCUACCAAGCGCAUUUGCAAAAGUGAACGAACAGUGGGUGGGGGAGGAAGGGGAGAGAAUCCACCGUGCCACGCCAUUUAGAUUAGCUAGAAAGCAGGAAAUCCUGUUUCCUGGCUAAUAGAAAUUGCACGGCGCAGCCGAUCGUCGGAAAUACCAGUUUGCCUGAAUCGGUAGCAUUUCCUUUACUGCCGGUUGGGACGAACUGGUAGCAAUUUUACUACCGCUUCAGUUGAACCAGUCCGAACCAGUAGCAUUUCACUCCUGCUCUGCGUUUGUGUGUGGGGAGGGGGAGGUAAGAGUAAUUGUGGUUUUGUGUUUUAUGUUUUUUAAUGACUAUUUUGAAUGGCUAAAGGAGAUGCUAGGUGAUUCCGAUUCCAAUUUGGAAACCAGAUCAAUGGUUCUACAGAUGCCAACUCCCAGAAUUCCCACAGGGAAUAGCCAUGGCUUUUGCUAGAAAAGAAUUUAUCUACGUAUUUCGUGUUAUGGGGAACAAUUCAAUUUUAAGAACCCCGAUGUGCGUGAGUGCACCAUUUCCAAAGAUGUAGACUUCAGUUCCCAGAAUUCCCUAGCCAUCAUGGCCGUUGCUGAGAAUUCUGGGAGUUGAAGGUGUAGGGAUUUCAACCCCCAGAAUUCCCCAGCCGCUAUAUCCACAAUUCUGGAAGAGCAAGGCUAUUGCAUGUGCUUUCCUCAUAUUGUUGAUGGGCAGGUGCCUUUUAGUCCCACCCAUCUGGAAUAUCUCAGGGGAGGAAACUUGGUGGUUAGCGGGUCUUGAGUACACAGUGAAAAAUGUGGCCUUCUGGGUAUUGUAGUUCUUGACCCACAACUAUAAUUGAGCCCGCAAUUAUGGUCACACAAGUCACUGCGGUUAUAAGUCAAGACUUUCCACAUGGCCAGAAGUAAUUUCCAGGCCUGUUUGACUGCAAUCAUUAAGCAAAUCGUUCAUUUUUAAAGGGGCAAAUUUUUUUUGCCAGCAAUUAGCAAAAAAAAAUAAAAAUCCAGAAACUGGCAAUAACCCUAAAUCACUUGCAAACCACAGUCAUGUGACCAUGAAAUGUCAUGUGGCUAACAUGUGGCUAACAUAAGCUAACAUGUGGUCACACAGGGAGCAGCAGUGUGACUGGGGAUGUGUGUUAAAAAAAAUGACUUCAAUGGCCAUCCAAACUUCAGUUUGAUGGCUGUCUAACUUCAAAUGGUUCCGUGACUCGUUCAGUGGCUGCCGUAACUUCAAAUUGUUAUUAAAACGACUGGUUAUUAAGUGAGGAUUGACCUCUUAAGGCAAAUUCCCAGCAUUCUGUUCGGUUGUUUCUGUUUGGGCUGGUUUAGAAUUGCUUGGUUGAGAAAUUUCUCUUUCCUGUUCUACGAAACUUCCGUGUUAUGAUUAACCUUUCCACAAAACUGUAGUUCCCAAAGCUCUGGAGAAUUGAAAGCAUUCUUCAGUGGUUCACAUCUAGGACCAAAACACUAAACAACCCCAAAAUAUUAGAUGUAGCCCGUGCUUGAACUUGUCGAUCCCAUCUCUUUAAAAAUAGCAGUGCCACAAUUUUUCCCCCCCCCCCCCGGGAGAAACUUUUCCCAGGUGCAUAAAAAGAAAUCUUUGCCCACUGAUUUCUGAAACCAUUUUUUUCCAAGGGGAACCAUGCAGCUUCUUGGUGGAGAAUAAAGAUGGCUUUCAGGAUAAAUUAGGACAGGGUUGGCGAAUGUUUUUGGCACCGGGUGCCAAAACAGGAGCACGCAGGGCAGCUCUGGAAACCGGAAGAGCAGUGCCCUGGCCCAUAUGGGCACGCCCGGAAGCUGAGCUUCUGGUUUUCAGUGAGCGCAUACGUGCCGGUUCCAGUUUUUGGCACGCAUGCGUGCACGAAGACCAGCUGGCCGAUGUGCAUACGCGCACCGGAAACUAGAAGCUCAGUUUCCUGUCGUGCACAUGCACACCAGAGAGCUUCUCUAUCGGUUUCCGGCGCUCCCAUGUGUACAAAACCUAGCUGGCUGGCAAGUUGCAAAGCCAUGAAAUGGGGCCUGCUGCUUGAAUAAACCAGGGGGCAUAGCGGGUGGUGCGGUGGCCUAGAGGUGGAGCUCUCGCCUCACAAUCAGGAGGCUGUGAGUUCAAUCCUAGGUAGAGGUAGAUAUUUCUCAAUCUAGGCACAAUGAGAAAUAUAUCGGCUGAACAAAACUCCGCAUUGGCAACAAGAAGGGCAUCCAGCCAGUAAUCACUCAGCUGCAUUCUGUUGCCCAGAUUCCACCCCGCAAGAUAUUAUGGGGUGAUUAAACGAAGAUGAUGAUUGUGGGUAGGUGGGGAUGGUUGAUGGAAAGACAAGAUUUGAAGGCCCAGGGGAACAAUUUGGAGAUGAGGAUGCCAGGGAUUAAUUGGCCAGAUUGAGAGAGUGGUGCCUUUAUGCAGCCCAAAUGGAGAUUAAAAAAGGCUACUUUUAACAGGUUGACAUUUCUAUGACAAAACAUCUUUCAAUGUUUCUCCACUGUGGUGGCUUUACGAUGUGGGGACUUCAACUCCCAGAAUUCCCCAGCUAGUCUGUCUGAGGAUUUAUGGGAUUUGAAGUCUACACAUCUUAGAGCUGCCAUGUUGAGGAACAUCAAUCAAAUCUGAGGUCACUAGGAAUUGGCGGUUAUUCUUUGCAAACCCCGAAGCCCAGAACAAACUCUCAACAUCAGAAUCUCAAUCUUGGCUUGGUGGGGAGUAACCACAAUCCCCCUGAACUCCGAUGCUAUGGCUUUUCCUUCCCAGAAUGCUGCUCUUUCUUUUUUUAAUAUUUUUUUCCCUUUUUCUCCUUGUGUUUUAUAACUGCUAAAGCUGGAAUGUUGUUGUCCUGAGAAAAUCCAAACUUGAAAACAAAAGAGAGAGAAGAAAAUAUAGCUUAUUUAACAUAGAGAAGGAUAUUAAAUUGUGAUAUUUUACUCCCCGGUGGAAUGGCUUUUGAUUUUUGUUAAAAAAUAAAAUAAAAAUAAAAGUAGAGAAUUCUUGCAGAUGGA